UUGAGGGGUUGAGGGGAAUAGCCGGUCCGGCGACCCGUGCUGGUUGUUAUUGGUACCAAAUCACUCGUCCGCUUUCUCGAAUUCAACGAGAUCUCUAUUUCGGGUGAAAACGCGCUCUGGUGUAUUUCGCGCUCCCUGUGUCUAUGUGUGUGUGUGUGUCUAUUCCCAGCGGAGCUCAGCUUCAGAACAACGCUAGACAGGGAGAAAGAAGGAGGGAGCGAGAGAGAGAGAGAGGCUGGCUCACUGUCCGUCUUGUCUUCUUCACUUGGAGACUCGUCUCACGGUAGAUUUUUUACCUUGUUAAGAUUGUAUCCUUUUGAUUCGCAUCAGUGGAGUUGCCGAGCCUGGUGAUGGUGGCGUUGUGAGAGUGGUCAGGGUUGAAAUCGAGGUGGAAAGGGAUGUAGUAGUAGGAUGUGAGAGAGAAGCAAAUGAAGAGAGUGUGGGUGUGUGAGUGUGCUUGUUUUGGUUUUGAUUUUUUUGAUUUUUUUUGAUUUUGUUAUUUUGUUUUGUUUUCCUCGAAUUUUUUCCUUUUUGGAUAAUGAGUGGAAUCCAGUCAGUUUCGACUGACAAGAGCUUUGCGGCUCUGAAAAGUUAGAGAGUUCCAUGGAUGUCUGUGGCGGAACGUACGCAGGUACUGCGUCAGUGAUGAUGUAGGAGGUUGAUGGAGGAUAGGUGAGUGGAUGAUAUUUUUCGUUUACGGGGUGUUGAUGAAUCCUGGAAGUCUGGAAAGCAACUCUAGUCACGUGACUACGUUUUUGUUUCUUGAGAGAUUUGAUCUGCUCGAAACUGCGGGUUAAAAAGAGUUUUAUCACUGUGUUGGAAGAGAGUAAUCCUUUGACGAUCGAGAAGAGAUCGGGUGGCUGAUACGUCGAAAGCAAGUUUGUGGAGGCACGAUGAGUGUGGUGAUCAUGAAACUGAUGCUCUUACGGAAUGAGUUAUCGUGGUGAUAAAACUGGUACGAGACUUUGAGACAGUAUUUCAAAGGACAUUUUCCGUGCGGAUUAUUGCAGUAGUAUCCGAGGUGAUGCAGGACAGUCGUGGAGAUUCACAUAGAAAAUCUCAGCCUCGAAGAGCGAACAUAAUUGUAGGGAAGGGCUCGAACUUGUCUAGGAAUCGCAGUCAACCCCUCACGUGGAGCCGAAUAUUCCUUGCAAGUGACCAUGCGGGGCAAGAGGGGCCGACACGAAAAAGACCAUAUUAUUGUUAUUUGAGAAACAUGUUGCUUUUUAAAAGUGAAAAGUAAACCUCAAAUCAAGUCGGCAACCAGACAUGGCAGUCGCUCCCGAGUGGUCGCUCGAUAUGGUGGAUUUUCAGCAGAGUUCUAUGUGGCCUGCUACAACGCAGGCCCUUUUGAAGACAGACAAGCGGAGGCAGCUACUGCAGCCUACGAUAGAUCUGGAGCAGCUCCUUGACAGGGACAACACAUUUAUCGAUCAGCAGAAGUUCGAGGAUUUGAUGAAGUCCAGCAAGGCAGGAAAAAAUCAUAGAGAAACUCUUGCGAGAAUAUGGAAAAACCACCAAGCCAAUGCAGUCGGUCUGCUGAGAGAGCAACUGGAUUCCUUACAACAGAGAAGGAUUGAAUCCGAACGAAAGAAAAAGGAAAUCCUACAUGAACUUACCGCGGAAUGUCUUGCCAGCUGUCCAGAUGGUGACGACGAAAUGCUAGAUCCUGUUAGCAUUGGCGAGGGUUUUAUGUGCAAUUCUGACGUAGCGAGUUCGUGUAGUUCUGUUCCUGACAGUGCGAGCUCGUUGUCCGACUAUGAAGUAGAGAACUCCUCUGAUUAUUGGCGAGAAAAGGCCAAAGCUUUGGACACGCUUUUGUCAGAAAGUCUGAGAAGGGAGGAAUUACUCUGUACAAAAUUGCAGGCUUCUGUAGCAGAGUUUCCUUCUCGUCUGACGGGCGAACUCCAGCAGCAAUUUGAGCGGUUUGACAACUUUCUACGGUUCACCUUGAGGAAAGCGCCUGUAGUUUGUUGCCAUCAGGAUACAGAGCUGCGUUAUCGAUUCAUUCAUAAUGCUUUUCCAACACUCACUGAAGAGGAAGUCAUAGGAAAGACGGACGAAGAGAUUUACCAAGGGGUGGGGGUUGCAGAGGUCAUGGAAUUCAAACGUGAAGUAAUUCGAACUAAAGUCCCUGAUAAGCAAGAGAUAAAGUUUAAUACGAAUAUGUUUGGUAACAAGACAUUUUUAGUCGCUGUUGAACCUGUACUGGACAUAAAUGAUGUCUGCGUCGGUGUGAAUUGUGUUGCCGUGGACGUAACUUUGCAGGUGGCCAAGAGGGAAAAGCUUGAGAAGAUUCGAGAUGAAGAAGCCGUUCAAAUUGCAAUGGAGUCUGAACUGAACAAAACGAUCCGUAUAACAGAGGAGAAUAUGAGAGCUAAGCAAAUGCUGGCAACAAUGGCGCAUGAGAUUCGCUCUCCUUUGUCGGGAGUGAUAAGCAUGGCUUCAGUUUUGGCUCGAACUCCAUUGAGCGAAGACCAAAAGCGUUACGUUGAAUUCAUGAUGACAUCAGGAAAUGUUGUAUUGGAGCUUAUUAAUGACAUUCUUGACAUUUCUAAAGUUGAGGCCGGUGCGAUGACAUUUGAAGAAAAGAAGUUUCGACCAAGAGAAGUAGUGAGACAUGUACUGCAGAUGGCAUCUGCUUCUGUAGAAGCAAAUGACAAGACCCUUAAGCUCGAAACGGACGUUUCUGAAAAUGUUCCCCUUGAGGUCGUCGGCGAUGUACUCAGAAUUCGUCAAGUCCUCACCAACUUAGUCAGCAACUCAAUCAAGUUUACUCACGAAGGCAAGGUGUCCAUUGUCGUGCGUGUUGUUGGGCCUCCGUCGCACACCACUCGGGACUAUAUGAAGCCCAAACAAAUGAGCGAACGUGAUUGCAGUGAAACUUCACAACAAUCUUUAGAGGGCUCAGCAUUUCAUGUUUCUACGCCAGCCAACUCCCCUUCCGAAGCUCCUUUAGUUCAUGGAAACGUGUUUGCUAAACCCAUGCCAAGUUCUGUCAGCAGUAAUCGCAAUAACUUUCCAGAGUCAACUCUCAAACCACACUCGCGAGUCGAAUGCGGGUUCUCUUCUUCUGCUUCCAGGGAGUGUCAAAAUUGUGGAACUCAGAACACUGUGACUGACAAACUCUCGAACGAUUUUCAGAGAAGUGAGAUGUCUGGCGAUAUAAUUAGAUCCUUAAACGAACAGCAGACGAGAGAACAGGUUAGUGCAUCAGCUGUCUCUAGCGGAUAUGCUGAGUGUCACAAUGAUGGAUCAAACAAGUAUAAAGACCUGGAGGAUAGCAUGUGGAUAGAGUUUCGCAUUGUUGAUACCGGGAUUGGUAUUUCAGAUUCAGCAAUUCCAACACUGUUCAGAAGAUACUCUCAAGCAAGUAGCACACAUGCUCGUGAGUAUGGUGGCACUGGACUUGGGUUGCAUAUCUGCAAACAGCUGGUUGAAUUGAUGGGGGGCAGUAUUAGUGUCUCGAGCAAAGAAAACGGGGGAUCUACGUUUUCGUUCAAGUUACCACUCCGAGCUGUUGAGCACUUGCCAAGUAGUCCUAUUUCUGGUGGUGAUCCUGAGCGCAUGAUCGAGCAAGACCAUAUGGACAAUAUGUGUGCGGAAAUGCCCGAGUCUUUGCAGUUCAACUCUGAGAAGCCUGCACAACAUCACCAUCCAUAUCUUUCAACCAGAGGCAACGUUCCUCGUGGCCUUCAACAGUAUCCUAAACCUGCGUUUAAUACUCUCCUCCCCAUGAAUUCUGAUCAUGAGAAGUCUUCCACCGCGUUUCUUCGCGACAAGCGGGAGCUGCAUUCGACAAUGGAGCCGACGUCAGCCGUUGAAGCCAAGCUUGUACAAUUUGAGGGUUACGGAAAUUGUCGUGGACCUCACAGUUCAGCGCUUUUGGAUGGUCAGGGAGCAUCUUUACGUGCUUCUUGUGGCGUCUUUACGUGCCCCUUUGAUGGAGAUGAGUCUACGAAAUCAUGUCACCGUUCUAACGCUUCUUCGGCCAAAAGAUUCCAUGGAGGACCUGUACCUUACAAAAUGCGCUCUCCAUCACGACAAGGCAAUUCCAGAAAGUUUGUAAAGGCGCAUCGCAACAAGAGAGCUGGUUGUGAACCUUCACCUGCCUUUUCGAACGUAGCAAGAAAGCGACUAAGCAUUUUAGUGGCUGAAGAUGAUCCAGUGAAUGUGAAAUGUACCACCCAAAUGCUUUUGACUUUAGGGCAUGAACUGAAGGUGGUAAACAACGGAACAGAUGCAGUACAAGCAGUACAACAAGGCUCGUAUGAUGUCGUGCUCAUGGAUGUUCACAUGCCUGUUAUGGAUGGUCUCAAGGCAGCUCAACUCAUAAGGAUGUAUGAAGAAAAUUGUUCUUCUGCUUCAAUUAACGACCCUAUACAAACACAGCAAGGAGCAGCUGCAGCAAGCGACAUGGGGCCCCAGAGGAUGAGGAGAGUACCAAUUAUUGCGAUGACAGCUGAUGCUUUGACGAAAAACAUUCAGGAGUGUGUCAAGUAUGGUAUGGAUGACCUCAUUACUAAACCGGUCAAUGUAGGAAUGCUUGAGGAACUACUUAACCAGUACUUGUUCAGAUUAGACAACCAAAUGUAACGGUGCGGGGCGAGCAAGCGUCGCAGAGCUGCAGGCGCUGCUCGCCCAUCAAGUAGGAAUGAAACGUAAAAGAGACUCAGAGAAUUUGUGAGCAUCAUGGUGGAGUUCCGCAGUCAGCUGGUCAACAGGGAUAAUCUCCUGAUGUUUUUGAGACGAAGUCUCUCAAUCCAGUACAAAUAUUGCUCGUAGUUCUCAUUGUAUUUCGACAUCUUUUUUUUCUCAUUUUGUGGAUAGAUGUAGGAUAGGAUAAUUAGUGUUAUGAGGUAAGAAACGAUGGCUUGGUUUAGUCCACACUUCACCUAACGACCGUUGAGGCGCCCAUUUCUUCCUUCUAGCAAGGUUGAGACUGAUUCCCAUUAGAGUAAAAGACCCUUGGGUCUCUUAAAAGUGUUGGGCGGUCUUGUACACAAUUCUAGCUCAAAGCGUAUAUAUUUCAGCAGUGGAAAGAGAGUGGUGGGAUUCU